CUCCUCCUCCUCCUCCUACUUCAUGACGGAAGACAGCGAGGACCCACUGGCCAUGGGCGGUGGUGACGCGCCGCGGGGCGCCGACCCGGCCUGGUGCAUGACCAAGAGCGGCCACAUCAAGCGUCCCAUGAACGCCUUCAUGGUGUGGGCGCAGAUGGAGCGUCGCAAGAUCAUGCAGACGGUGCCCGCGGCGCACAACGCCGACAUCUCCAAGCUGCUGGGCCAGCGCUGGAAGGAGCUCGGCGCCAACGACAAGGCCCCGUACGUGUGCGAGGCGGAGCGCCUGCGUCGCAAGCACAACGCGGACUACCCCGACUACAAGUACCAGCCGCGCAAGAAGAUGCCGACCCUCAUGCCUCCGCCGAGGAAGCCCGAUAAUGGACCUCCGUGCGUCUUCACCAUCAUCGCCACCGGGCCGCCACAGCCCAGCACCACCGUGGCUGCUGCCACUGCUGCUACCAUCACCAGCGUGCAGCAUCGGCAGCAGUUGUCUCUGGAACAGGAGGAUAAGAAGUUCGACUUGAACCCGGGUGUCCUGAAGAUGCCGGUGCCCACUUUCCAAUUUUCGAUGCAGAAUAUGUUUAAGGCAAAGGGACAAUUCGAUGGCAACGUCGCUAUGGCCAACCCAACCAAACUUUGGUUCGGUUCACCCACAGAACUUGGGCUCGUCAAGGUCUCUGCCUCCGGCGGGGUGCAACACAAAGUCAUUUCGCAGGUACCGACCAGAGCGAUGAUCCCAGAGAUGAUCUUCACCGAGGUCCCUACGUUCUCCCGAAUUUCAGGCAGAUUCCCGGAGACCUCGUGCGUCCGAAUGCUGCCACAGAGGGCCCCAAUUGAGCGCCAGCAUGUAGUAUAUCUCCCAGAUUUCACGCUAUCUCACGGCAUUUCUGGGAAAAUAAUUACCAAGGUUGCUUCGGCCACCCUCGACUUCAGCGGCCAAAAGAGGCCUUCCACCACCGUAAUGAUGCAGGGCCCCGCGUACCCCACGGUCUCGACCAGGUCUCUGGAAGCCCUUCUUCCUGGCCAACAGCAGCAGCAUGAGGAUGAUGUUGAUGUCACGGGGCCAGGUCACCCAGCCCUGUCUCCCACCGAGACACCGGUGCCGCCGCGGUCCGCAUCCCCCUCGUGCCUGUCCUUCUGCUCGUCGUCGUCGGGCGACGAGUUGUACAUUGACAUCCCGGACGAGGAGGAAGAGGAGGAGAUGGAGGAAGUAGAAGUGAACAGCGGCGGCGACAGCGCCGGCGAAGCGCCCGCCAAGGAGGAGGACGUCGACGAUGCCCCACGCCAGGCGACGCCGCGGGGUUUCUCGUCCCUGGAAGAGCAGCCGGGCGGCUUCCCCGGCACCGCCGACUUUUACAGCUCCUCCUCGCCUCCCUCCAUUAAGGUGGAGUUCCCGGACAAAUCCGCGAAGGAGGGGGGGAGCCCCCCAGAAGGCCACCGGCUGCGCGUCCACAAUCUCCUGGACGACUGCUUCAUGCCGGAGGUGCACCGGGUGGUGAGCCUGGUGGACGUGAACAGCUUCAUCACCUGUUACCUGUGCAAGGGAUACCUAGUUGACGCAACCACCAUAACCGAAUGCCUCCACACCUUUUGCAAGAGCUGCAUCGUGAAGCAUUUUGACUACAGCAAUAGGUGCCCGCAGUGCAACGUGGUGGUGCAUCAGACUCAGCCACUCUACAACAUCAGGUCGGAUGGAACUAUGCAGGAUAUCGUGUACAAGUUGGUGCCGAAUCUGGAAGAAAAUGAGAAACGGAGGAUGAGAGAUUUUUAUCUUUCAAGGGGAUUGGAGCUUCCAAAACCAGCGGUUUACUACGUGGCGGCAGGACCCGGAGAACGAGGCAAGAAAGCGGACAAGCGCAAGGGCCUCAGCUUCACAGAGCCCAGCGCCACGCUCGCUUGCGUCUCGCUCGUGCUGGAGUGCGGACGGGUGGAGGCUGGGAUCCUCAACUAUCAGCCACUUCAGAAGAAGUAUGUGCGGGUGUCUGGAGAGGCCACGAUCCGACACGUGGAAGCCUUCCUAAGGAAGAAACUUGGGCUGGAUGCCUUCUGCGAGGUCAAAAUCACGUGCGGAGAGCGCGUUUUGGAUCAGGAUUGCACUUUAAGCGGCCUUCAGUAUUCUGGAAACACCAGUGAGGAUGACCUGUUGAUUCUGCACUACUGUCUGGCUGCACCUCAGCAAGACAACUAUUACUCCGAUUAGAAAGAUUACCCAGUUUGAAAGGUCUAGGCGCUGUAAUAUUAAGCGACUACACUUUGUUUUGAAAGGACCACGCAGUGUAAUAUAUUGAAUGGGACGUAAUGGGACCUGGUUGGAAGCGAUGCUUUCUAUUUAUGGCUUUUACAGCCUCCUGUGCUUUAGACGCAGAAUAUAAUUGCGUGAUGUUAAUGCAGUGGUUGAAAUGUCAUUACAUGCUCUGCUAAACAGUGGGAAACACCCAAGGCUUCCUACAAAAUAUUGUUUUUUAUUGUGUUUGAUAUAGGUGCCUUCCCCAGAUAUUUCAUUGGAGUUCACAGUGGUUUUUGCUAGUGAUCAUUCCCACAACUGUGCAUAUUAACAUUUGCAUUGGCGAUGGCUCUUUUGCUGUUAAACAGUAGGUUUAAGUUAUCCGUUACAUAAUGCCUGUGCCAAAAUUGAAAAUCCUUUCCACCCACUGUUUGUCAACAUUUAUGACAACAUUACACUUUCUGGGUAACACUUUGUUUUUCUUUUGCCCUCCCCCCCUUGAAAAUAUUUUGUCUAAAUAUUCAGGUGAUAUUUUGGCAUUUCUGCACGCAAUGCUCGUUUGAAAUGUGAUUUUUUUAAAUAUACAGGGUGUCCAUAUAUAUGCAUUAUUAAAGCAUUAUAAUUAGACAACUGUUUUAUCCAAGUUGAUGAAAUUCUGUUCACGCAGUUGGUCGUUCGAAUGUGUUAUCAUUAAAGCCGUUACUUCCAUCUUAACCGUCACAUCUCAACUCAAGCAUUUGGUGAACUGGAAUUGAUAUUUGAGAGCUCCUGGUGUUUAAGAACAUCUCAGGUGUGAUUGACACUACAAUAUAAUCCUCUGUCUAAUUGUAAUGAUUUAAUCAUGAAAGGAACCUUUAUGGACACCCUGCAGGAUAAAUCACAACACAUUGUUAUACCGCUUACGGUCAGAAGAACGUGAACUUGUGUUUGCUUUUUCUUUGCAGAAGAGGCUUAAAAGUUACCCUUCGCUCCAAUUAGUGCGUUAAUCUCAUGAAAAUUAUAAUUCCUAUCCGAAUAAACCAUAAGUCAACAAUUCUGUUCUGGUACAAAUGUAUACAUUUAAACUAUUGUUUUAAAAGUAAAAUACAGUAAAUUGGAGAACUUGAUAUGCUGUAAUAUAAUUUGUUGUACAAUAUCAACGUGUUUUUGCCUUUUUGUUAACGCAAUUCGUGCACGGUUUGUGUUUACCGAGUAGCUGCUGCAUGGCAUGGAUAGUGAAUACAUAGCCUCCGCAAGGCCAAGCACACUAUCGGGGAAAAACACAUUUCAAGAGUCGCAGCGGCAUCUUUUGGCCCAACCAUUGAACAAAGACGGUCACUGCAUGGCGCGCUUUCAGAUGUGCUUCUGCGGCCUUCCGUAAUGCUCUUCCGAUAUUAGAAAGCCACUGGGGCUGUGCACUUUUCCAAAAGUAUUUUACUGAACAAACUAUUCAGGUCCAUAGACGGCAUGCAUGGAUGCACUCUUAAAUCUAAAUUGAAAACAUGUAUUUAGAACUGCUUGUUGUGUUUAGUUUGUUGUCCUUCCCCCGCACCUCCGAUUAGCACUGUUGGCUACGCACUCGGUGCGAAAAAAUCUCAACAUACAA